UAGACGUCAAUUGAUUUUUGAUUGAUUUCAUAAUAAAUUUUGUAAAAAGUAACAUAGGAAAAGUAAUCAAGUAUUUUUGUCAGAAAGUUAUUUAAACAUAGCUAGAAAUGUUGUCCGCAGCAAAAGUCCGCAUUCAUGGUAUGCAGGACGAGAAUUGGGUGAUAAAGGACAAAAUCAACCAGUACCGAGGACUCAUCAAACUAUAUGAACGUGACCGCAAAAUUCAUGAAGGGGACUUGGCAAAGCAGAAACGACGAUAUUUACGUGAUAUACGUCAACUACGGAAAGAUAUUACAACCAAAAGACAGGAGCUCGGUGUGGUGGUUUACGGUGACAAACAGUUCUUAAGGAAUGCAUUUCAAGAGCAUAGACGUUUGCAAUUGACUUACAUGAAUAGCCAAGCAGAUAAAGUUUUAGAGAGCAUACAUCAAGAGAAUUUUAGCAAACGGAAGCAACUGGAUCGCAUUCGAUACACAAAGAAGAAGAAAAUGGAAAAGUUUCGUUGCAUACAGCUAGCGUCAGCUGAGAUUCGGGAUCGGUUAUUGUAUGAGAUGGGCGGAAAACUGCCUGCCGAGAAAAAGGAGCAAGCUGUCGCCAACUAUGUCCAACGUGCGAAUAUCAAAAAGAACGCUGCUCUUGCUAUUAAAGUCAUGUAUAAGAAGAUUUUAGAUAUCCUUAAAAAGGAUUCGUCAUACUUCACGGUUGUACUUGAAGCGCUAAAAGUAGACUGCCGAGCUCAAGGUAAGUGCCUAAUGGGUGCUACUGAGAUGGGCCAACUCGCUAUGGAGUAUUUGGACGACAGAAAGUACGAGUUUAACAAGUUGGAAAAAGAGAUAAAAGCAAACAUGAAAGAGAGGGAGCGAACAUUGAAGCUUGUGCGCCGAGAAGUCACUUACUUGACCGAGUCUUUUCCCAAUCUCAUCCGUAAAGAGGAAGCAACAAAUCUCGAUGAACUCUACGAAGAACAGGAUAAUGUCAGUCUCCACUCUGUGCAUUGGGAAUUAGAGGAAGUAAUGGGCAUUUGUAAGAGCCUUCAGCGCGGAACAUUAGUGACGGCGUUUGAUCAAAUACUUCUUAGGUUAAAAGAACAAAAAUACCAAUCGGAACGUUUGAUGACGCAGUUGACACAAAAUAGUAUGAAGAGGGACGCGUUGAUUGAAGACCGCAAGCACGCUAUACUGAUGCUCGAUUCAUUGAAGAAUGUGGGACAGGAAACAACUGCUCAGUAUCUUCUAGAGAAAGAUCAAUUAAAAUCGUCAUUAGAAGCAGAGAUUCGCGAAGAGAAUAACCUAAAGAAGUCUUUAGAUGAAAAAGGACGACUUAUUAUUGAAAUGAAAACAUCAUUACAACAAAUAAAUCAGUUGCUAUCAAGUGUUGGUGCUGCGAAUGUUGCUAGAUCACCGCCCACUGUUCCCACAGCUAUACAAUAUGCGAUGGAUGAAUCGAUUCAACCCGUUCCAGAAGUGGAAGCUGAUUUCGACAAAUUGAUAUUGAAUGCACGCCAGAAGCUAAACGUUUUGAUUCAGGCGAUAUCUAAAAUGGAGGUAACUAGUGAAAUUCGUGCGAAUGCCAACCAGUUCUAUCACAAUAUACUCGCGAGGUCUAUGCGCGACAGUUACAAGGAUGAAGUUGUUGCAGAAGGAGGUCUGAUCGAGUUUGAAAUUGAGGAUCCAAACGUCCCCAAUCAUGCUAUGGUCAAGUUACGCAGCAAACAGUUGGUUGAAUCGCAAGUCAGUGAAUUCGAUGUACCGGAUCAGCCUACGAAGAAAUAGGACUAUCAAAUGAGUGAUGCUUAUUUUACACGCGGGCAGAACUUUAUUUGUCACGGGAUUUAAAUUUUCUAGCGUCUUGUUUUGUUCUUUAUAGUUGUAUUAAGGUUGGUUUCAUAUAAACAUUAUCGUAUCUAUUUUUUAGGUCUUAUAUGUAAGUUGUUGGCUGUUUUGACUUUUCUAAAAUUUAAUUUUAAUGUCGAUGUUAGGAUUUUUCUAGUAAAUUUCGUAAUAAACGUUUGGCUAUUUUAAA